CGACGAUCUAAGAACCAAACACGGAUACAUUAUUCUAAAGACGAUAGUCAAACACUUUGUACGUUACCUGAGCAUCACUUUUCGGUUGUACUUGCGGAGCGAGUUGUCAAAAUUCCUCAUUUUCGUCGUGUGCGGCAUUGCAAGUCGACAAUGUUCAGUUUUGGCCAGUAGGUGAAUGGCCACAAUCAUAUAGUUUGGUACCAGGUGUUCAUCAACAUCAAUAUAUUAUUAGAGACAACCUUGGAUUUCUUUACUUUAAAAGUAAAAAAACAGAAGAAAAAGUGUACUUAAAAUGUGAAGAAAUCACAAGUAAAUGCCCAGAAACUGGAUCAAUUUCUUCUGAUACAAAUAAUAAACAUUUUCAACUGCGGAGGUUAUAUAACCAUGUAAUAUAUAUAGUAUAACCAUCAAAUAUAGAAAUGAGGAAACUCCGAAGUUCAAUUGGACAUUAAUGUGUUCAACAAAUUGCUCGGCCAUACUCAGCACGAUCUUCAUAUGUAGAAGCAAUUGUUAGCCACCAUAAAGGAGCUGAAAAUUAUACAUUUUUGCAAGCAGCUGAAAGGAUGCGGCAAAUACGAAAAUCAGUGUUCCCUCCAACACCGAAGAACCUGCAACAUUUUAAUCAUUUAUUACAAAUGAAUAGUAAUAAACAUUUCACUAUGUCGUUUCAAAAACAGCCAAGUUUAUUUUAUCAAGGUCCACUCAUAGUUGAUGGUUUAUUAGUCGGUGUACAAUUCUGUAACAAACAUCAUAUUGAGACAAUUCAAAACGAAUUACAUAAUGUUACAAUAUCUGGGUGUGACGGAACUUUUAAGACGGUUCCCAAAACAUUGGAUAACGAUUGCUAUCAAUUGUUCAUCUUUCAAGUGAUUCAUAGAAAUGCUUGUUGUUAAUUGGGAUUUGUGUGCUUUGUACGUGUUGUCGUUGAGGGCAACACUGUGUUUUUUGUUAAUCUUCGUGAUAACCGGCACUUACGGAGGUAUAAGGCGGUUAGCACUCGGGCUGUUCUUUUUUGACCAUCCUAGGAUGAGCGUCGACUAUCCGGUCUCUUGAUUUGUUUUAUGUAUCCACUGUGCACGACUCACAAGUCCGAGCCACCAUCACAGCUGUGUUGCAAUUAUUGUUAAUUUCUGUAUAAUUGUAAUCGAUAUCUUGUUUGUCCUCUGGUGAGUAUCGUUCGGAGACAACUUAGUGGCCUUAUUUUAAUUAUUUUUGCUCUGUAGGCAGCCAGCAACGACAUCAGUAUUAAUCUUCGCACACGUGGUUGGUGGAGGUUAUUGUUCAUUGUUCGUUCGGUGUUUGUUGAUAAAUAGUGAGUAUCAUAGUCUGACAGUCUAUUUGUCAUUAUUAUAAUUUAUAUUGUAUAAAUUAUUGGUUGUGCCGUUUAGGGCCAACACAUUUUUGUUAUAGCUAUAGAGUCUAUUUGUCAAUAUUAUUACUUAUAUUUAAUAAAUUAUUGGUUGUGCCGUUUAGGGCCAACACAUUGUUGUUAUCGCUAUAGAGUCUAUUUGUCAUUAUUAUUAUUUAUAUUGUAUAAAUUAUUGGUUGUGCCGUUUAGGGCCAACACAUUUUUGUUAUAGCUAUAAAGUCUAUUUGUUAAUGUUACUUUUUAUUAAAGAUUAUUUAAUUAUUUACAGCACAUUGUGUUUAUUAUUGUAAAACUAUUGCAACUGGUUCCCAAAGAAUUUUAAGUAUACAGUCCACCAUAUAGUCUAAUUUAUUGUAUUUAAAGUAGGGCAAAGAAAUUAAUUAUUCAUAAUAAUUAACCUUUUUAUCUACAUUUUUGGUCCGUCGACCCGGAUCGUUGCAUUUUGGCAACGUGUUGCGAUAGUUCAGUUGUUAGAAUUGUUAUUAUUAUUAUUAUUAUUACUAUUUUUUUUAUAUGUUAAAUAAGCACUUGGUGCAUUAGGUAUUCAAUUGUAAAAUUUGGUCAAAAUGGUUCUGGAUAGUGAAGAUGCCAAGCUGCGCUUGAUUGAAAGGAAGAUCAAAACGCUCAACAUCACGUUAGACAAUAUGAAGAUUUUUGUAUCCAAAUUCAAUUUGGAGGUCAACAAUCCUAAUCAAGUGGACAUUCGAUUAGAUGAGCUUGAGUCUAUGAUGCGGUCCUUUCUGUCGUUGCAGGAUGAGCUGGAGUUAUUAGUGGAUAAAAAAGAUGAGGACAGGGUAUCAGAAAGAUUACUUUUUCAAGAAAAAUGGUUUGAUGUAAAGGCUGCGCUCAAAGAACUGGGACAGCACAUUGAGAACCAAUCGGAUACUUCAGGUGUCAGCAGUAAGUCAACAGUCUUUAAAGGAGCCAACAAUUUUCCUCUGAGACUGCCAGCUAUAGUUGCUCCAACGUUUGAUGGAGAUUUGCAACAAUGGUCAUCAUUCAUUGACAGCUUUAAUGCAAUGUUUCACAACAACUCGGGAUUAGCUCCAGUGCAGAAAUUUCAUUAUUUAAAGUCUUCGUUAACUGGACCAGCUAGUGAUGUUGUGAAAACUAUUCCAAUUACAGACAACAACUACAAUCAAGCGUAUCAGAAAUUGGUUGAAAGAUAUGAGAAUCCUGGUUUAAUCAUACAAUCCCAUAUUAGAGCAUUGUUUGAUACACCCAAACUUCAAGAAGCUUCAGCAAGUCAGUUACACAAAUUGCAUCAUCAUGUUACCACUCAUGUUCGAGCCUUAGAAUCUCUGAAUCAACCAAUUUCAAGCUGGGAUGCGUGGCUAGUCACAUUGUUGUGUUGCCGUUUGGAUAGUGUCACAGUGUCUGAAUGGCAACUUAAGCAAACGACAAAAACAUUACCAACGUUUAAAGACUUUGAGAGUUUCUUGUCAAGUAGAGUCAUUGCAUAUGAAGCCGGAGAUACAGCUUGUGGCUCAAAUGACAAAAUGCUUAAAGGAAGACACCCAGGUCGAGGAGGAGAGCGCCGUACUCUGCUGUCUAAUGUUCCAAGUUCUCCGGAUCAAUGUCGUGUGUGCAACGGAAAUCAUAAAAUAUUUGCCUGUGACAAGUUUAAGCAGCUAUCUGUACAUGAUAGAAAAAAGAUAGUUAAUAAAUAUAAUUUAUGUUUCAAAUGCCUGUAUCCAGGUCAUUCAGUUCGAUCCUGUAAAUCUUCUUGGAAUUGUUCAAAAUGCAAUCGAUGGCAUAACACUUUGUUGCACGACAACGUUAGCAGUGACAAGACAGUGGAGAGAGUAGACCAAGUUUCAGCUGAAGAGCCAAAGGAAGGUGAUGCACUGUUGCAAGGUAGCACUUCAAGAACUGCUAUGUAUGUCAAUGCGAUGAAUAGUCAUGUGGUAUUGUCAACUGCUAUUGUUCACAUAACUUCAACUCAUAGGAAAUUAAUUUGUAGGGCAGUUCUUGAUUGUGGAUCACAAGUUAGCUUUGUAACAGAGGAAUGUGCAAAAAAAUUGUGCCUAACAUUUCAUAAGUCAGACAUGCAUGUUACAGGGAUUGGACAAACAAGCACCACAUCGACGUCUACGGCUUCAGUCAAUUUGCAUUCUCGAAUUGGAGAAUUCAAUACAAGAGUUGAUUUAUUUGUAUUACCAGUCAUAACGAGCAAUCUCCCUUCAUGUCAACUUAAUACUGCGACAUUGAAAAUUCCCAAUCAUGUCAAAAAGUCAUUAGCAGACCCUCAAUUCGACCAACCUGGACCAAUUGAUUUACUACUAGGGGCAGAUGUAUUUUUUGAAGUUCUGAAAGGCGAAAGGAUCGAAGUAUCUGAACAAGCAUCUGCUCAUUCUACUGCUCUAGGCUGGAUCAUUACUGGAAGGUUACAAGCAAACAUUGUGCAUCCGAGGGCAUCGACAUUAUUACAAACUACUUUGUCAAUGAAUCAUAGUUCAGCCUUGUCUCUAUUUAGUUCAAUUAAAGGUAAAAGGUAUCAAGAACAACUUGAAGCCGAGGAACAGUUCACAACAACAGUUCAAAGAAAUAGUGAAGGCAGGUUCAUAGUGAGACUUCCCCUUUCCAAAGGUCGUCAAGAAUUGGGAAAUUCGUUGAAUAUGGCUCGGACACGAUUCCUCAAUUUAGAACGACGGUUAUUGAAGAACCAAACGUUAGCCAAAAAUUACAAUGACUUUAUUCUUGAGUAUUUGUCCAUGGGGCAUAUGGAAAAAAUUGAGGAUCCUAGUGAAGAAGGUUGUUACUACUUACCCCAUCAUGCAGUAAUUAAACAAAAUAGUCUAACUACCAAGACACGAGUUGUGUUUGACGCGUCCGCCGACACUACGUCAGGUUUGUCAUUAAAUGACAUUCUGUUGUGCGGACCUACAGUACAAUGUGAUCUAUAUUCAAUCCUUCUGCGCUUUAGGACUCACUCUGUGGUUUUGACCGCGGAUGUGGAAAAGAUGUACCGUCAGGUAUUGGUUGCACCAGACGAUCAAGAUUUGCAACGCAUUUUAUAUCGGUCAAAUCCUCAAGAACCCUUAGCACAUUAUCGUUUGUGCACAGUGACUUAUGGUACUAAAUCUGCUCCAUUUUUAGCGACACGUUGUCUACUUCAAAUCAGUGAUAGUGUUGACGACGAGACAACUAAACGUGCCAUCAAGCAAGAUUUUAUGUAG